UCAUGAAUGCGAAUUACGUCCUGUUUUUAAAGAAACUUCCUGGCAUCAAGAAUGCAAUACGUUCAUAACAAUAGUCGCAAAUAGCAUUUUAUAUUGCAACGCUGUGAACGACGAGGCAUUAUUACAUUUUUCCUGCACAAAAGUAUCAGAACCCCGUGUAAUUCUUCAAGAUGGAUAAUAAUAUAUUAUUGAGUCUACUAUUUGUAGUUAUUCCGAUGACAAAGGGCGCGGUGCCAGGAACCUUUUUUUGGCGACCUCGCUUGGGACUCGAUCUUGCGAUCCCGACAACCGAGGUUAGCAUUCAUGUUCAUUUGCCUAAUGCGGAAAAUAUAAAGGAGGGUUUAGCUGUUCUAAUAGACGGAUAUCAAGUGGGUAUAACCGUUGUAGCACUAGCUGCAGGUCUAUCAAGUUCAAAACAAUAUCCCCAUCUCAGUCCAGUGUCAGCGUUCUUUUACACAAACGUAUAUCGUUGGGCUCUUCGGCAUUUGAGUCUAGUUCCUCUUUGGAUAGGAGGAACUGGGAGCUACUGUGAUACACAUAAAGUGUGGCGUCGUCGUUUCUUUUACAUGGACGAGUUUAUGCCUAAAUGGUUGAAAUAUAUAUUACCUUAUGUUAAAGAAGAAGAAUGGUUAAGGGAAGAGAAAGAAUUUAGAAAGUUUAAAAAAUAUGCCGAAUCAGCUUUUGGCAAACACUACCGUUAUCCUACAAGAAUUUUUAACAAUUUUAAGUCUCAAGAGACUCAAGAAACUGUAGAAGUAAUAGACUCUUCAGCAUCGUAGCUGUAUAAGUAGUGAAAAUUAAUGACACGAUUAUACUUUUUAUGGAUAGUGUUAUAAGAAACGCUAUAAAUUAAAAUAAUUUCAAUAACUA